AUGCUCACUGAUUACCCAUUUGCCUUGAUCUAUUAUAGUUACAGACGAGUUAUACCAGCAACACCAAGCUUCUGUCUAUGGUGGAAUUGGUGGGUGUAUUCUCUGAGUGCUGCAUUGGUAUGGUCUACAGCUUGGGGUUCGAUUGAACGACAUUUACUUAUAUUUCAUAGCAAUCUGGUGUCAACAAAACGAAAGCAAUUUUAUUUUCAUAUAUUACCUGCAUUUAUCGUCAUGCUGUAUCCUUUCAUAUUUUAUUUUGUUGUCAUUUUUUGUAGCCCUUGUGAAAAUUAUUGGAAUUACAAUUACGUAUUUUGCCUUCAGCCGUGUUUUGCGUACAGUAUGUCUGCAGUGGCAUUAUACGACUUCGUGAUGCAUGUGCUGGUACCACUCACCAUAAUAACUGUGAGCAAUGUGUCAUUAGUAGCGCGAGUCUUGUGGCAAAAAAGAAAACGACCAAGAGAUUGGCGUCGAAAAUGGAAACUGACCACAUAUCUAAUAUCGAUUACUAUCUUCUUUGUGAUCACUUGGUAUCCGACAGCGAUUAAUACUAUUGUGUACAUGUAUACAUUAUCACCACUAUCGAUUGAUUUGCAAGUGAAAUACUUCUUUUUCCUGCCUGUUUUAUUGGGAAUCAGUCUUCCAAUGAUUUCAUUAUUCUUUCUACAGGAUUUCAAAAAAACAGUUUUUAGAUUUCAACGAGUGACUGUUAACCCACAAACAUUCAAUCGUCAAACACUGGCAGCUAGAGGACCUUGA